GCACUGUCCGUUCGUUGACGGGAGAACGAGUGUUGCGUAGUAGCGCAUAGUGGGUAAAGUCAUACGAUAAGUAACGCGUGUUCGUGAAGCGGCUCGUCAGAGGAACGGCAUGAUGAUCAGCGACACUAAUUUGCAUUUGUUUGUAUGGUGCACGGCUUCGAUCGUGACUGAUGAUGUUAGAACUAAGUGUAUCAGCAGUGACAAUGCGUUGUGAUCCUAGUAGUCGUCCUUGUUCGGUAAACUUACCGUCGCGGUUGUCGUCGUCGCCGCCACCGCGGUCGUCGUCGUCGCCGCCGCCACCGCGGUCGUCGUCGUCACCGUCACCGCGGUCGUCGUCGUCGUCGUUACCGCCGUCGUCGCCGUCGCCAUCGUCGUCGUCGUCGUUCCCGUCGUCGUCGUCGUCGCCGGCGCCGUCGUCAUCGGGCGCACAUUAUCCUUACUUGUCUUUGUAUUCGGUACCGGUGUCCCGACACGAUAUAUCGUGGAAUGGCAGCGGCCUUAAAGAAAAACAACUCACGCAGAAGAUUGGCCGCCCUCACAUUCCUGUCCAACAUCUCUCUCGACGGCAGUCACCGGGACACCAGGUUAGCCGUCUUGUCACGAAAUGAACCGACUCACAUGCGUACGCUUAGCGAUGGCCAGUCAGAUCAGCAGACAGCGCUCGACGUGUGUCAGAGCACUGACUUUGAAGUCUCCAUGGAAGAGGUUUUAGACGCCGGUCUGGAAGAGGCCCACGAUUUCUUGCAAAAUGAAAUAAUAGAGCAAGUCAACUUUCAAUCGCUGGUGCACAAAGGCAUUGACCACAACUCGCUAAGUUCUGAUUCAGAUGGAUUGCUCACUCCUGCCAAAGCGACGGUUACCAUGUUUCUGGAGCAGGAGAGAAAUCAUCUGCAACUGUCUUGCGGCAUGCAUAGUUCCUUUAGAGAACGAACGGGAACUACCGGAAGCGACUAUUCCUUACCAGAAAGACGCGUGGGUUCUCUUCAAUAUAAGAAGCGAAUAAGUCAUCAGACAUCUACGCUUUCGGAAGACAUUAAGCAUCAGUACAAUAGUAGCAACGAAAGCAUCGGCUCCGUACAUUCGAAAGCACAAUCUAAACCAAAGACGAAGGCAGUGAACAGUGUGCAAACUGCUUCUGCAAAUAGUAGCAUAAUACCGGAGGUUACGAAGGAAUUGCGUUUGAUGCAACGACCUGUGAACGGUUACAAGUUCGGGGAUGAUAGACUGGUUUUGGUAUCAAACCAACAUGUGCCAUUUGUAGUUUUCUCUGCUAUUCCAUAUAAUAAAGGACAACGUUCCAGUUGGUCCGAGUUACGUAAAGAUACAAGUCGAAGGAAAAAUGUAUCAUCUCAGAGACCGUUGUCAGCGAUUAAUGACAACAUCGAUCCGUUUGGAUUGCUUGGUAUAGAGCACGCUAAAGAUGGCCAGGAAAUAUCUUAUGGGCAACUACUUGUACCAUCUAGACAAUUCCAAAGAGAUAAAAAAUUGAAUCUAAAUGAAAAUGAAGCUAUGGAAUUUACGCAUUUCAUACCUAAUAAACACCACGUGGUACAAAGGACAAAAACAAUUACUUGGAAUGUGGAUCACAAAAAAUGGUGUCUUUCUUAUGAUACAGCUACAAGUCGCACUCAUUACAUAACUUCCGAGUCUCCACCAUUGUCUUUCAGUGCUGAUUCCAAAGUUUAUGAAUGUGAUGAACAAUCUACACAAUAUAAUCCAAAUUUACUUGAUGACCCAGAACUUAUUGCUGGGAAGCAUAGAACUCUGCUAACAUUUACGUCAUACAUGGCGUCUGUUAUUGAUUACGUAAGACCUUCCGAUCUAAAGAAAGAGUUGAAUGAUAAAUUCAAGGAGAAGUUUCCGCACAUUCAACUCACUCUCAGUAAAUUACGCAGCUUGAAACGGGAGAUGAGGAAAAUAGCCAAGUUAGAAUACGGCAUUGACUUACUCACUGUUGCGAUGGCGUAUGUAUACUUCGAGAAACUUAUUCUGCGAAACAUUGUGACCAAGCAAACACGGAAGUUAUGUGCUGGUGCAUGCUUACUCCUCGCGGCAAAACUGAAUGACGUAAAGGGUGAUAUCCUCAAAUCGCUUAUUGAGAGAAUCGAGGGUGUAUUCCGCUUAAAUCGUAGGGACUUAAUUACAUCUGAAUUUGCCGUGCUGGUGGCUUUAGAAUUUGGUUUGCAUUUGCCAACGUGGGAAAUAUUUCCUCAUUAUCAGCGAUUGAUUUAUGAAUCUUGACAUCCUUUCGUAUCGUUCUUAUCGCGCAGUCUGUGUUUGAAAGCCUCUUCAUGAGAAAAAUCUCGAUGCGAUCGAGCAUAUCUGUAAUGUAUAAUCUUAAUGUUUGGAAGUUGUAUAUUGACAAAGCUUCAGAGCAUUAUAUUGUACAUAUGUCGUUUCUUUUCAUUAUUUCGGCAUAGUUCUACUAUAUGUCAACGUAGUACAAUGGCGAAAAAUCACUGAAGAAACCGAUUCAAAUUCAUAAUUACGUGUUUUUUUUUUAAUUGUAAUAGUUUUUGUUCUGCGAGUUACCAAUGUAGUAAUUAUGCUGCAUGCUGUGAAUAUUGUUUGAUUAUUACUUGAACAAUUUUAACUGCCUAUUUCGGGUACUUAAAUAUGGGAAAAUAGACAAUGUAAAGAAAUCACGUUCAACUACUAUAUUAUUUAAAUAUUUGUUGAUAAUGUAUAAAUAUGGAUGUAGGAGAGGGAGAAAUUUGUGAAAUAUUUUAACUCAUUAAUUGCCUGGUGAAAGAUAUUAUGCCAGUGGUUUUGUGAUAUAAAAUCCUUUCUAGAAAAAAAAAAAUACAUUUGAUCUUAUACGCUUACUGUUUGUCAGAAUGUAAAAAUAUAGGUUAAUGCACUUAAAAAAUUUUAUUUAAAUAACAUUUUUAUAUUUAAAAACAAAAUUAUUGUGCUAUGGGCAGUGAUGCAUUUGACUUUUAUCUAAAAUAUUUUGUUUUAUAUUUCAACUUAAAAGUUAUUUGAGUGACUUGCGUUUAAGUACUUUAUUCUAUAUAAUUAUUGUUACACAUUUCAUAAAACCACUGCCAUUUUGUCUGCACAGACACUGUUCUGUAUAAAGAUUCUUUUCUGUAAAAAAAAUUGUUUUCAAAUAUGCUUGAAUGCAAAAUAUUGCUAUGUGUAAAAGAAUUAACAGAAACAAAUUUGGUGUUUCUUAGAAGUAGUAUACUGGAAAUAUAGAAUUGAACGUGAAUACCAAAUAUACAUGCGAUAAAAUAUGAAAAUAGCUUAAGAGAGCAUUUCUUACAAAUGUUAACGUGAUAGUUAAAGCUUAAAAUAAACGUACUUACAUGGCAGCAACUGAUAAAGCUAAAAAUAUGAAUAUCACACACAGUUACUUAAUUUUUCAAAAUAUUUCUGAUACCAUACUUAUGCUACAGUAGGAUGUUAUUCAUUUAUAAUAGCGGUAUUGCAUAAUGGCACGUACGAAAAAAGUAUAAAAAUUCUAUAUAAAUAUUUAUUAAAAGUUAUAUAUGCACAGACAUCAUACAGAUAUUCGAUUUUUUUAUUAGCCUGUUAAAUUCUAUCUCUUUUAUGGUUUGCUUUAAUAUUAUAAAAAAAGAUGCAUAUAUUUUAUACAUUCAAGACGUUCUACAAACGUUUAAAUUUGCAUUGUCAACGUAUGCUUCCAACGUUCUGUAAUAUCUGCAGAAAUAAUCAAGAUUGUAUCAUAAGUGUUGUUAGAAUAUGAUUACGUUUUGUUUUGAAAUCUUGUUUUGUAAUAUAGAAGUAAUUGUUUUAUUUUUUUAUUAUUGGGUAUAUAUUUUAUAGCAUUUUAUUCGCGCGCGCGCGCGGGUUAAUUUUGUGACUCUUUUCGUUUUAAUCGAUUCGUUUUAAUUGAUUCAUCCUAAUCAACGUUGUAAAUAUCGCGAAAGUUAAAUGAGUGUGAUAAAUGUAACCUCUUGUAGCAUUAUAAAAAAAAAGCGAUAUAUCCUAUAUUAUAUAUAUUCUAUAUAUUUUGUCUCUUUAUUGUACUUUAAACUCAGCCAUGUUUUCUUUUUUUUUUUUUAGAGAUCGCUAAUAUAUUACAGAUAUUUUACAAGUUGAACGCAUAUAGAUGUAUCCCUUAUUUUUAGAAAGAUAUUAGAAACAUAUAUGUGAAAUGUGUGUCUUUCUGAUGUACCUUCAAUUAAGGAACGCGACGUUUUACUUAAGAACCGACCAAGUUAGGUGUGCUUCAUCCAUACAUAUAGAGUUUUAAUUUAUACUUUAUACCGUACGAAAACCUCUGCUACAUAUAUGCAAUUUCCCUUUCACACAUACACAAUGAGAUUUAAUCACACGUAUCUAUUACACAACGUUACUUUACAACAUUAUUAAACGAGAUGUGUUCUGUGCUCAAUAUUUAUCCAUACAGAAUUGACAUUAUAUAAACGAGGCGUCAAUUCAUCGCAUGUUUUACUCCUAUAGAUUAUUGCAUUUUAGUUUCACGGAUAACUAUUUAAGAAAUUAUAUACAAAUGUGUUAUAGCAUUUUGUGUCGCAUCAUCAAUUCUAUGCGUAUUAUUUCUUUUUGCAAAUUGUAAAAUUUUUUUAGAAAACAAGAUAUUGGUUUUUAAUUCGUUAAGAAGGCGUGCAAAAAAGCAAGAUAUAUACAUAUUUUUUGUAGAUACAUGGUAUAGGGAAUAUGUGUACAUCGGUUGUACAGUCAGUUCUAAAACUGAAAAGAAACAAAAUAGAUCUUUAGCAUUCUUGUAACACCAGUCAAAAUCUUUGUAAUUAAAAUGCGCUUAUAUAGAAUAAGAACUUGAAUACAUAAGAAUACAUGAAUUAUCGGUUUGACUGCGAAAAGCAAAAUAUGUAUAGAGGAUAUUUGGGGUCUAUAUUCCGUUUAGAAUUGAAUAUGGUCAUCUGAUUCCAAAUUUUAUUUAUGAGAACAGUAUCAUCACGAAUUGAGAAUCAUUUAGCCAUAUUCGAUGCUAAACCUAUGAUGUAAAUAUAGACCAUUGCGUUUGGAGAUAUAAGAGUAGUCAGUAAAGUUAAUUAGUUUUUACGUAAACUUCUACAAUAUGCGAUAUACUACUAUUAUCCAAUAUCAUAAAAUAGUAUGUAAUACUUCAAUAGCCCAGUAAAUCUUUAGCAGCGUACUUGUUAUCAGGAAAAGUAUCUCCUAGGAAUUUUUACACAUAGAAAUUCUACAUUUUCAUAUGCAAAUUUCUAUCAUCUGAUGUCGUAAUAAUCUUUCAUCUCUUAGAUGUCGGAGCGAUAUUAUUCGCAUUUUUAAAAACUAUCUUUAAGCGACUCAUCCUUAUAUUUGUUAUUGCCAUGCAUACACAUAUAUAGAAUAUUUCAUUGCGCAUUUUCUCUCAAUACUUGAACGAAUCUCUUUUUAACUAUAAUUCUCAAUAAUUUAAUGAAUUCCAUCUUUUUAUUUAAAAGAAAUUUUAAUAAAUGCUAUUCUUAUAUCUUGUAAUAUAAGAAUAAAUUCUUAUAAUUCACAAUGCUGCUAUACGAAGUCUCUUGUCAGAGUCUUAUGUUAACUAACAUUGGUAAUUUAUUUUAUUCCGUACUCGUUUUCAUAUACUCUGUACUAGGUUAUAGUUUAUUUAGGUUUUUUUUGUGUAUUAUUUUUCUGCCUUGUGUUCAAAUUAAGAAAUUGCACUGAUAUGGAAACAAACGUUUCUAGUAUAGUUUUAUCAAAAUGCUCAAAAGAAAAUGCGCAAUACGUGGAUAGACGAUACAUAUAACGAUCCAUUUUGCAUAGCAUGUCUGAAAUAAAUCUAACAGUAAUAACAAAUUGUAUGUUCUAGUACAUAGCGGUGUGUCAAUUACAAACAGAAUAUAUUCUGUAAUAAUGUACACUUACUCUGGAUAGCAUGUUCUUUGCAAGGAAGAGAACUGAUUUACCAAUAUUUCUUUUCUGAUUUAUAAUUCAUGAUACUCUGUAUCAACAUUGUACUGAUGAUGUUUGAAAUAUACGUGUGUACAUUAUGAGA